CUUUUUCUGACUCUGAAACACACAAUGGAGGAAUGUAAAAAGAGCGGUCAAAUUCCAGCGUUUGGGGAUUGGGAUACCGCUAAUGAUCUGCCAAUCACUCAGUAUUUCGAAUGUCCAAGGCAGGCGGGCUUGAUUCGCUUCAGUGGUUCUGAUGGCUGUGCUACUAGAGAUCGUUACGCUGUUGAUUUCAUCAAACCUCCUCUUUGUUCUGCUGCUGUUCCUGUUCCUCCCCAAAAGAGGAAGCAAGUUAAGGUUUGUGACGUGAAGGAACAGCCAAGAAAGCAGCCUUUGUCCAACACUCACAAACACUUCCCAAAGCACAGCGACAAGGCAGGUGGUGGUCAUAUUACCCGGAAGCAGACCGCUACCACUACUACUUACAAUGUCAAAGCAGUCGAUGAAGAUCUUUACAAAAUCCCCCCCGAACUCCUAUACACUUCCAAAAGAAAGAAAAAAUUAGGAUUCUUUUCAAGAUGCUUGGUGCCCGACUGUAUGGUGUGAAUCUAAACUCAAAGGGCUCUUUUAUCAAAGUUGAUGAAGGAAUGCACAAGCUGCAAAAAGGCUACUCGGCCAUGAGAAGGGGAUGAAAUCUCAAUGGCAUCUAUUUACAGGGUAUGACAUGCUGUGACGAAUGAUGUAAGGAUUGCCAUUUAUUGGCAUUUGCAGAGUUGUCGCGAACAGAUGAUGACAGACAGCGGUGUUGUGUGUGUGUGUGUGUGUGUGCGUUUUUCUUGUUUAAUGACAUUAUUGUUUUGGAAGCAUUUGCAGAAUUAGUCGAAACAACUUUAGAAGCAUGUGCAUGUCUACUGUUUUUUUCAAAGCAGACACUACUUUGUUAUGGCGUAGCCACCUACCUACUUCUGUGGUCAGGUUUGGUAGCCACCUAGCUACUCGAGUUGAUAAUUUUGAUUCGAAU